CUUCCCAUUCGUUUUUGGGAAUAUACAUAGAGCUUUGCGUGAGCUUUACUCCACCAAAUCGCAUUUGUGUUUCCCCCCACAUUGCUGUUCUCUUUCUUCUUCCUUCCUCAACAAUCAACAUCAAUUCUGUAGUCUCUUCUAUUCCGUUCUUCCACUUGGUGGAUUCCCUCUCCUCCAAAGCGACGACGUCGUCUUCAGUUCCGGCCGCCGGUUCUGGCUUCCACUUUUGCUGCCCUCCGUGCAGAGAAAUACGAGCCCUCCGCAACGGUCGACUCAGAUACGUUUGAAUUUUCUUUAUGAAAUAUUUAGGGCUUCUUUCCGUUUUAGGGUUUGGUUUGAUUUUCCUAUUUGAUUCAGAAUUCUGCUGUGGUAAUUUGAAAUAUCCAAUUCCUAGUAGGACUAUGAUUGUUAAUUAGGGCUUCUUAUUUGGCAAAUUCCAGUCGCUAAUUUCUUCAGAAUAAUAUUAAUUACUAGCUUAUUAUCUUGUGAAUAAAGCAAGCAACUGGUUAGACAGUUGGAAUGACGAAACGAAAGGCCGAAGAAGAAAUACAAGGAGAAAGUCAGAGUCAGAGCAUGUGGAAUCACGGAGAGCGCUGGUUGAGAGGAGCGUUGAUUGGACAAGUUAUGGCCGUGAAAUCCGCAGAGCUCUCCGCUUCGGAGUCCAUUCAGCACGAGGCUGCGGUUCUCUUUGAGAUUAAGGGCUGCCCUUUCAUUAUUGAGCGCUUUGGCGAGGAGACCACAAUAACCGAAAAGGGUCACAAGGUCUACAACUUGUUGCUAGAAUUUGCUGCAGGAGGAACCCUUGAUGGUCUCAUCCAACGAUCCAAUGGUCAUGGAUUGCCUGAAGCUGAGGUUAAAAGGUAUGCAAGGUCGAUUCUUGAAGGGGUUAAACAUGUUCACAAAUGUGGAUAUGUUCACUGCGAUCUAAAGCCCGAGAACAUCUUGCUUGUGCCUGUUGCUGCAACUUGUUCUAGUUCUGGUUUUGUAGCCAAGAUUGCAGAUUUUGGAUUGUCAAAGAAAAGAAAGGAGAAAUUCAGUGGAUGGAGAGGCACUCCUUGGUAUCUAUCCCCAGAAGCUUUUAAAGAUGAGAAGCAAGAUCAGUCCUCUGAUAUAUGGUCUCUUGGUUGUAUAGUGUUUGAGAUGCUAGUGGGCAAGUCGCCCUGGGAAUUGAAGCCAGGUUUUGAUGAUCUUGUCGAUUCCUACGACGCGAAGAUGUUGGAUCAUCUGCGUACUUCCAAAAUUCCGGCUGGAAUCUCAUAUAUGGCCAUGGAUUUUCUCAAGAGUUGCCUGGCCACGAAACCUGGGAAACGAUUAACUGCUGAAGAGCUCUUGUCUCAUCCCUUUCUAGCGUGGCCACAACCAACAAAACCAGGUCAUGUGAAGGUAAAGUUGGUUAACUCAGCUUUAGGCCACACAUACGGCGUGCGUUUCUUAAAACGGAGUGCAGAGUACCACGCAAGCGGUGCCAUUGUUCCCAGAAUUCAGCCAGCCCCGGGUUUUGGUAUACAAGCAGGAGUGUAGAAUGAAGUUGCUGUUUGAUGUGAUAAUUUCAGUAAAAGCACGUUGGAGCCUGGAGGUUCUUUAUUGUUGUAUCUUUUGAUUGCAAUGUGCGUUAAUCGUUUCGAUUUUGGAAGCGCACAAUUGUACAAAAAUGAUUCAAAUUUGUAUCCAAAUACGUGUUUACUUUUUUU